UUUUCUGCUGUCGGUGGAACUUGUCUCCCGUCGUGCAAUUUCUUCGGAGGCUGGGGGGGGGGGAGGCGAUCAAUAAGUCGUUGCCCGCCCCCUUUCGCUCUUCUUUUUGCAACACCACCAGCACUAGCACCACCGGCCUCGACCAUGAGAAUCGCCGCCAUUUUCCCCGAGGCCGGCUACCGCCUCUUCUUCAUUCUGAUUUGACAGCUAUGUAGCAAACAAGGGGGUUCUGUAGCACUCUCACCCAUCAGGAAUACAAGGAUCUGAGAGGAAUUAUGCCACAGAGAACCAAGACGUUUGCUGGGAGCAGACAGGAUUAUUGAGGAGGAAAGCAGCCAUGCUAAACUGUUGCAUGCAGGUGUCCUGGCUCUUUAAUCCAACAAGAAGUGAAAUAACAAGCCUUGACAGUGGAAAUAUAGAUGAUAUUUUAAACAAUGCCGAUGUUGCUUUAGUGAAUUUUUAUGCUGAUUGGUGUCGCUUUAGUCAAAUGCUACAUCCUAUUUUUGAGGAAGCUUCCAAUGUCAUUAAGGAGGACUUUCCAGAUAAGAAUCAGGUUGUCUUUGCUAGAGUAGACUGUGAUCAGCAUGCUGACAUAGCUCAAAGGUACAGGAUAAGCAAAUACCCAACCUUAAAAUUGUUCAGGAAUGGAAUGAUGAUGAAGAGAGAGUAUCGGGGUCAGAGAUCAGUGACAGCAAUAGCAGAUUAUAUCCGACAACAGAAAAGUAAUCCUAUUCAAGAAGUACUCAGCUUGGAAGAAAUUAACUCUCUUGAUCGUAGUAGAAGAAAUAUUAUUGGAUACUUUGAACAAAAAGACUCUGAUAAUUACAGAACCUUUGAAAAAGUAGCAAAUAUUUUGCACGAUGACUGUGUCUUUAUUGCUGCAUUUGGGUCAGUUUCCAAACCAGAACGUUUUAGUGGAGACAACAUAAUCUACAAGCCACCAGGGGAAAAUGCUCCAGAUAUGGUUUACUUGGGAUCUAUGACCAAUUUCGACUUGGCUUAUGCAUGGACUCAAGAUAAAUGUGUUCCUCUUGUUCGUGAAAUUACAUUUGAGAAUGGAGAGGAAUUGACAGAAGAGGGCCUUCCUUUUCUUAUACUCUUUCACAUGAAAGAUGAUACAGAGAGUUUAGAAAAGUUCCAGCAGGAAGUUGCACGGCAGUUAAUAAGUGAAAAGGGUACAAUAAACUUUUUACAUGCUGAUUGUGACAAGUUCAGACACCCACUCCUCCAUAUUCAGAAGACUCCGGCAGAUUGCCCUGUUAUUGCUAUUGAUAGUUUCAGACACAUGUAUGUCUUCUCAGACUUUGCUGACUUGGCUGUUCCAGGUAAACUCAAGCAAUUUGUACUAGAUUUGCAUUCUGGGAAACUGCACAGGGAAUUUCAUCAUGGUCCAGAUCCAACUGAUGUAGCACCUGGCCAGCCACUUCAAGACAUAGUAAGCAGCCCACCUGAGAGUUCAUUCCAGAAGCUAGCACCCAGUGGACAUAGGUAUACCUUAUUGCGGGAAAAAGAUGAACUCUGAAAACUUGAACCAUCUCACAAGACUUUAACAGCAGCAGUGACUCCUGUGGGGUGGAAAUAGGAAACCUAUAUUUUCAUAAAUUCUGUGUAUUUUUAUUUUGAAUAAUCUUUUUUUUCUUUGCUCCCUGGGGUUUGUAAAUAUAUGUGGGCCAUUUUGGACAGCAUCUUCCAAAGUUCUUUUUGGUGCAAAUUGUGCUGUACAACUUUUCUAAUCAAAAUGAAGGUGUUGUCAUUGCCAGCAACAUGCUGUUAACUUGCACUAUGCCAUUAAACAGGACUUCUGGGUUUCCGUUGGUGUAAUCUGGUAGUAUGACCGCCUUAUCUUCCUCUUCCACAUCAACUUUAUUUUGUUAAUUUCCUAUUGAAGGGAUAUUCUGGAUACUUGGGAGGAGAAUAAAUUACAAUUUUACAGAA